AUGCAGCUGGUGGCCUGUUUAGCAGUGCUGGUGUUCUGGGUGGAAGAGGUUGUAGAGAGUUGUCCUGAUGUCUGUAAAUGCACCAAGAAAACCAGCCCUGAAAGGUCAGAGGUCAACUGCCACAAGAAGGGGAUGAGGAUGUUUCCCUCCAAACUGCCCCCUGAUUCCUGGAUCCUAAAAAUGGGUGAGAACGGAAUAGUAGACCUCCCAGCAAACAUCCUGAAACCCAUCCCCAAGAUCGAAAGCAUCAACUUGGAACGCAACGCCAUCAAAUCAAUACACCCCCAGGCCUUCUCUGGAGCCCAGAGGCUGAUGCUGCUCAAUCUGUAUGGGAACCAGAUCAACAAACUCCCCGUGAAAGGCUUCCAGGACCUCAUCAACCUCCGCUUCCUCAUGCUAGGCCAGAACCAGAUCUCCAGUGUCAAACCAGACAUGUUCACAGGCAUGAGGAACCUUUCAGACCUGGACCUACCCCUCAACUCUCUGACUGCCCUUCCUUCCAACGCCUUCAAGCCCCUGAUCGCCCUAAAGGUCCUGGAUCUGGCCCUCAACCGAAUCGAGAGGAUCUCACCCAAGGGCUUUGUGGGCCUGACAGAGCUGCUGUUCCUCAACCUGGACAACAACAGCCUGAAGAGCAUCUCAGCUGGGGCUUUCAAGCCUCUGGCCUCCCUGGAGAUGCUGGUGCUGGAUAAUAACCUGCUGUCCACUUUGACCUCAGCCACUCUGGAGGGCCUGUCCAGCCUGCAGGAGCUCUACCUGAGGAACAACGAGCUGGAGAGGCUGCCCCAGGCCCUGUUUAGACACACACCCAAGCUCUCCCAGCUGGCCCUCAGUGGAAACCGGCUUAAGACUGUGGAUGGGAACAUUUUCACCCAGCUGUCUGGCCUAAAGGAUGUGUAUCUCCAUGACAAUCCCUGGACGUGUGACUGCAACAUCAAUGGCCUGGUGCGCUGGAUGUCCCAGACAAAGGCCAACCUUUCCCCUCUGGAGUCCCUGAGGUGUGUUGCCCCGACAGAGUACCGCAACAAAUCCCUCAACAGCCUCAAAGACCAGAACCUACGCUGCCGGGCCUAG